UGAGAACAUGAUAAAUUCCUCCCUUCUAGCCCCCUGAAUCCCAUUCCCCAGAGCAAACGAAAAGCACCCCAAUCCAAUCCCAUCCCAAUAUAGAGAGAGAGAGAAAAAGAAAAAAGGAGAACAAGACCGCCAAAAUGAAUACGGUCCCACCAAUCCUCACCCCGCGGCUCACCCUAACCACCCUCACCAUCUCCGAUGCGGCAGACCUGUAUGAUAUCCGUGGCCGCGACGAGGUCAUGAAAUGGAGUGUAAAAGGCUCCCCCGACGCCACCCUCGAAGAAACAACCGCGUGGCUAGCCAGAUUCAUCGCCGAGGAAUUGACCGCGGACUUCGGCCCAAGGGUCGGAUUCGCUGUUCGCGAGCGAUUCCCAUCCCCAUCCACACCAUCCUCCUCCUCCUUAUCACCAUCACCAUCGACAUCACCACCACCACCACCACCACCACCACCAUCAACCAUCCCCCCCGGGAAAAUGAUCGGCAUGCUCGGCAUCCGCCUCGAACCGUACACAUCAUCCUUCUGCCCCGCCACGCAAGCAGCCAGCGGCAAAGACCGGUGGGAAAUCGGGUACAUCAUGCACCCCGAUGCCUGGGGGAAGGGGUACGCGAGCGAGGCGGUGGGGGCCGCAGUGGGGGCGUGGUUCGCGGGGAUAGUGGGGUCGGAGGGGAUUCAGCGGGGGUAUGUGGGUGCGAGGGGGGAGGAUGGCGUGGUGGAGGACGGUGUGUGGGCGAUGGUGAAUGGUGAGAAUGGAGGGAGUAUUAGGGUGUUGGGGAAGUGUGGGUUUGUUGGACGCGGUGGGGAGGGGGAGGGGGAGCCGGAGGUGGUGCGUGAGGGGGAUGGGAGGGUGAGUUUGGUGUUUUGGAGGGGGAAAUAG